AUGGUUGAUGAAGCUACAGUCUAUUACAAUGAUGCAAUUGACCAGUUGACACUUGGACGUGAUUUAUUCUUUGGUGAAUGUGGAUAUCCAUUAGUUGCUUUGCAAAUUGAUCCAUUCGGAUAUGCACGUGAUCAUUCAGAUUUGUAUCAAGACGCUGGUUUUGAUGCUGUCUACAUUCAACGUACUGAUUUUCCUGAGAAAGAGAAACGAAAACAAAUGAAAGAAAUAGAAAUUCAAUGGUCUACUACUUGUAAUGAGAAAAGUAGUAAUGUAUAUGAGAAAACUAUAACUAACUCAAAAUUGUAUGGGUUAUUUGCUGCAAUGUUUUAUGAUACAUAUUUUUAUUCACCUACUUUUGAAUUUGACAGUAAAUUUCCAUUUAAUACAAUUGAAGAAAAUCCAUUGAUUCAAGAAUAUAAUGCUGAUAUUAUUGUUAAAAAUUCCAAACAUAUAUUCACGAUUUUUCGAAAUCUUUCAAGACAAACCAUAUGA